CUAUAACCAAACAAGAGAAGUAUUUAAUCAUCUGGAAAAAAAAUGGCACAAGCGAUGAUGAAGCCUUCAUUACAAGGAGAGCUUGAGGUAGAUGUUGAGAUCAAAGCUCCGCCCAGGAAAUUCUAUCACAUGCUCACAGCUCCACAAGAUCUGACUGAAGCCACUCCUGACUUCCUUCAGGGAUAUAGUGUGAAAGAGGGAGAUGUGGGCAGAGUUGGCAAUCUCAUCACCUGGGAUUAUGUUCUUGAUGGGAAGCCACAGGUGGUCACUGAGAAGAUCGAGGCAAUGGAUCCAAAGAAUAAUAUGAUACAGUUUAGAGAGGUAGAGGGAGAUCUGAUGAAAGAGUUCACGAGCUUACUGUUCACGAUGCAUGUGAACCCGAAGCAAGGAGGACCUGGAGGUGUGGUGAAAUGGCACAUAGCAUACGAGAGGAUUAACGAAAACGUGGCUCACCCGGAGAAUCUUCUCCAAAUGUGUGUCAAAUUGUCCAAAGACAUGGACGAAAUGCUUUUGUCUAAGGAAUAGACACUUGUCCUAAGGAGUAAAUUAACACUCGUAUAUAUAUAUAUUUAUCUAUCUUUAUGAAUAUGGGUGUUUUGUAUCAAUAAUGUGCUCUCUAGAUCUAAAGAGAUGCGAGUGAUAUGAAAGUGUGUUAUCAGAA